CCUGGAAUCCCUGGAGAAGAUGGAACUGUUGGAGCCAAGGGUGAAGUAGGUUUACCAGGACCACAAGGCCUUGAUGGCUUGUCAGUGAUUGGCACACUUGGAGAAAAGGGAGAUCAAGGUGACAGGGGCCCACGGGGUCUUUCAGGGUCCACAGGCUCAAUUGGACCUCCUGGAGCUAAGGGGGAGCCUGGCAGACCAGGAUCUAUGGGUCUACAUGGACCUGCUGGACAUGGCAAGGCUGGCCAAAAGGGAAGUCCUGGACCUCGGGGACCACCUGGAUUUGUUGGAGAACCUGGAGAUAGAAUAAUUGGCCCCAAGGGAAGCAAAGGAAAUGUUGGUCCUGUUGGACCACCAGGAGCAAAGGAAGACAGCUUACCAGGACCAUGGGGUUUACCAGGCUUGCCAGGAAUAAAAGGAGAAUUGGGACUUGAAGGGAAAGGCCUACCUGGAGUAAAGGGAGACAAAGGUUUACCAGGUGUCCCAGGACCUUCAGGUCAUACUGGAAUUGGACUUGGUGGUCCAAAGGGUUCCACAGGUCAACCUGGCCCACCCGGCACGUCAGGUCUUCCAGGAGAAGGCAUUUUGGGACCAAAGGGGGAGCCUGGACUUCAGGGGUUUACGGGCCCCAGAGGGGUACGAAGGGACGAUUUUCCUGGGGAGAAGGGUGAUGAAGGACAUCCUGGAGACAGGGGAAGACACGGAGACAAAGGAGACCAUGGAGCACCUGGCCACCCAGGACCACUGGGCAGAGUUGGAGAAAAAGGAGAACCAGGGCUGACGAGAGAAGAGGUCAUCGAAAUAAUAAGAGAAAUCUGUGAAUAA